CUGGCGGGUAUGUUUAUUGUUUACAAAUAGAAGAUGUCAGGACCGAAAGAGGAAGAAGUCAUUACAUACAUCAUUACUCAGAUACAAGCACUUGAGUAUAAUGAUAUGGAAACUCUGGAGCCAAGUUGGGUGCGCUCGGUGCUCCUGACUGCUGGGGGACCGAGGCAAAAACUAAUGAUGUGGGUACUGAGUCAGUUGUGUCCGACAGAAGCUGCCGAGUUAGCCACAGUACCACAGCAUUCACUCAUCCAUAGAAUACUUCAGUCCCUAUCAUGCAUGGGAAUAUGUCGAUUAGGAGAUUCUGAUGUCAUUCAUGGGACAGCACCAGCAGCAGCACAGUUGCAGUUCUGGUGUGUGUGUUUUGAUAGUAUAAGCCGUUUGCGUCAGCUCUCACCUGGAGCCAGUAAGCAGCGAGCAGAAUCUCGAGCAGCCAAUUUGCUUCUGGAUCACCUGGCUCACUCCCCACACCUGCAGCCAACAAUGAGGGAGGGAGGUGUAAGAGUCGUACCAGCAGACCUGAAGGAGAAGUAUCGAGCGUGGUGCAGAGUCAGGCAGAACCUUCCUGUAGCUGACUUACUGCUGGAUACCCAAGAACAUCAUAGUGAAGCAAUGGAGAAAUAUAACACCAUGGAUGAGCGCUGGAAACUCAGGUUGUCAACAGAAGAGCAACGUGAGAUACAGGGUAGUGUGUGUGAGGCUGUGUCAAGGCUCACUAAACAACAGGAACUGCUUCAAGGCGUCUAUUCCUCAUACAUUGCUCCCUGGACGAACUCUACCACCCAGUUGGAGCUGCCUAAUACAGGUCCACUUAUUCAUGAGGCAAACAUCAAACUGGCAACACUGACUCAGGUACUUAAAUCAUCUGAAGAAGCAUCACAGAGGUGUGAAGAUUUGGGAGAACAUGAGAAAACGGCUGCUCGACAAGGCAUUCACCCUUCGGCCAUUAUGUCAACUCUCCGUUCCAUUGUGACUCGACCAUCAUUCGCUAAAUCAUCCGUCUGAGAUAAAAAUAAUAUGAUAUUUUCUCAUAACCUCAGUAGAGAACACAGGACAAUAAUGUAGCAUCAUCCUUGUCCAUCCAUCUGUACAGAAUGUUGUUCCCAUGCAAUAUCUUGAAAAGGCUCGUGCAGAUCAAUAAAAAAUUUGCUCGGAUGACGUGAAGAUUGGCAUCCUCUACUUAUUUUACCUAAAGAUUAACCGCCUUUAUGCUAACCUAACCUCAUCCCCCUACAGGUAGCAUUAGGUUGGUUAAUCCUAAGGUGAAAUAAGUUAGGGGUGAUAAUCGUCAUGUUAUCUAUUUAAUUGCAGGUUUAUAUCACAAGGAUUUAAGCCAAGUUUGAUAAUGAGUUUUUUUUUAUUGUUGCCUAUCAUACUGUGGAAUGUUUGGCCUAGAAAUUUUGACAAUGG